CAAAGCAAUCAGAGUUGUUGCAUGGGUGUAUAGGUUCGCCCACAAACUGAAGCAAUGCUUACAAAGGGCCGAUUCCAUUCCUCCCUCUGGAGGCCGAUUAUCUUGUGGUGAACUACGAUCGGCAGAAGUAAAACUAGUCCUUGCCAGCCAGCAAGCGACGUUUGCCGAAACUUUGUCCUUUCUAAGAGGAGAAGGUAAAGCUAAGAUUACAAGCAUUGUGCGUCAACUUGGGCUUCAUUUAGAUUCGAUUGGCAUUAUUCGCUGUAGAGGAAGAAUAGCGCGCGCAGAGCUAAGUUACCAAGCUAAAUUUCCAAUUCUGUUAAGCAAAAAUUCUAGACUUACCGAGCUAAUAUUAAGUGAUAUUCAUAGAAUGCAUCUACAUUGUGGACUAAAUGAAACUUUGAAUUAUUCACGACUGAGGUUUUGGAUACCUUCAGCUCGACCACUUAUCAAAAAAAUCUUGAAAUAUUGUGUUACCUGUCGUAAGGUUCAAUCGAAACCCUUCCAAUCUGUAAUCGAACCCCCAUUGCCUGAAGAGCGCAUUUCAAAAUCAAUGCCUUUCCAAAUUACAGGAAUUGAUUAUUCUGGUGCCAUCACAGUCCGGGAGCAGUCGACGUCCACAAAGGUGUACAUUGCUCUGUUCACAUGCAUGGUUACCAGAGCCGUGCACUUGGAGGUCGCGGGCAGCAACUCUGAAGAAGAUUUCUUGAGAGCUUUCAUAAAAUUCGCAUCCAGACGAUCCUUUCCGAGUAUCGUGUACAGCGAUAACGCAAUGAAUUUCGUCAGCGCUUCAAAGACGCUCAAAGACAUUGCAAACUCCCAGCUGGUUUCAUCGGCCUUCAACAACUACCAGGUGGAGUGGCGUUUCAUCACCCCCAGGGCCCCUUGGCAAGGAGGUGCGUGGGAAAGGAUGAUCGGCAUCACCAAGACCAGCUUGAAGAAGAUUCUGGGAAAGUCUCUGGUAACACGCCAAGAUUUGGAAACGAUCCUCGCUCAGAUAGAAGCGAAAAUCAACGACAGACCACUAACUUAUCUUUCCGAAGAUAUAAACGAUUUGCAGCCCUUAACACCUUCACUAUUGAUUAAUGGCCGCCGAAUAAAAGAAUUUCCAGAUCCAGUCGAAAUCGAGGACAUUCGUGACCCAUCUUUCCAAGAAAAGGCAAUUCUUACCAAAUGUUUGACUCAUAAUCAACUUUUACUUCAAAAUUUCUGGAAGCGAUGGCACUCUGACUAUCUUCUUUCUCUGCGUGAAAGAUCGCAGUCCAACAAUGUUGCUCUGAACAAUUCUAUUAAGAUAGGAGAUAUAGUCCAAAUUCAUGGUGACUCUCCCCGUGUUAACUGGAAAUUGGGAAGAGUCAUUGCCUUCAUAACCGGUAGCGAUAACCUUGUACGAUCGGUAGAGUUAGUUACGGACUCUGGGAAAAUUAUUAGACCUAUUACUAAACUGUAUCCUUUGGAGGUUACCGCGAAUACCAUCCAACCUGAGGCAACCGUAUCUACUGGAACCUCAGAUCCCGCGACUAGACCACGCCGUCUAGCUGCUGAGAAGGCUCUUGCCUUGAUUAAGAACUCAAUUUAG